CCCGCCCCCCUUUUUUUGUAUGUCCGUCGCCGGCCGCGCGCCAAAGCCCCAUCCGCCAUCCCCCCGCCAAACCGCCGGUUGCGGAGAUUCUUGCUUGCAGCGGAACUGCUGGAACCCUAAAUUAUUUUUUUAGAAAGCUGGGUUCUUUCCUCGAUUAUGCAAGUACCCAGAUGGCGAAACCUGUUCAUCCUGAAGAACAACUUGAUUCCAGCUUUUUCACAAUCGAACCUAAACACCCCCUCCGUCGCAUCGAUUCAUUCGACGGCCACUUCCUGCGACCGGUCGAAGAACAAGGGCAAAACUGAUCAUGUGAGAUUCGCGGUGCGACAAAAACGUGCUGAUACAAAGAAGGCUUUGAAACAUCUCCUCUUCAGUAAUGGAGCCUCACCACCACGCCAGGAAGAACGAUUAUGGAACUUUGGUGCAGAAGACAGGAAUACUGCUGACAAGAAAAGACAUCCAAACUCCUCAAGUCAGCAUAAAAGCAGGAGGGGUCAUAGUGCCAGGAUGAAGCGCAAGUUUCGUAAAGACACCUUCCCCGACGACUCGGAUGAUCCUGAGUCCAUGUUCCAAGCGAAAUUCGGGAACAAAUGGUACACUUGGUCCUUCAACCAAGGGUUUGCUUCCCAACGAUCAAACACAGAGUCUACACACUGGACAUGGAGGAGAAGCCAAGAAUGUGGCAAUGCCAGUGAACCCGAGUCUGAUGGUGAGUCACCCAUCGCCGUGGGUUCAUUUGCCGACAGAAGAACCCUCGGUUUGCCCUUGUCCGGCCCUCUGGAGAUCGAAGAAGUGAAGAACGCGUUUCGUGAGUCGGCCUUGAAAUGGCAUCCAGACAGGCAUCAAGGCUCGUCCCAGGCCAUGGCUGCUGAGAAGUUCAAGCUAUGUGUUAGUGCAUAUAAAUCCUUGUGUUCAGCUCUGUCCUGAGAAUCUUGGGGUCUCUGCCAUUGGCCUUGGCCACCCUGGGUUAUGAUAAGGCUUGCUCCCUCCAAGGUUUACUCAGAUAGCUCGAGCUUUGUGAUUGCUCGAAAUGGCCAUCUACUUGUACUCCACCAAAUAUGCGACAUUCUUUGAUCAGAGUUGAACAUUGUACACAAAUUGUUACAUCUAUUUAGUACUGGUAUUCAAAACUGGUACUGGUGCUGUGUAGUAGCAUUUACUUCGACAGAAGGUCGAUGAUGUUACCAUUUACCAACCACAUGGUGAUUUUAACGAAUAAGAGCUUAACUUAUUGCUCUUUUGCUGUUACUU